AUGCCAGCCAGCUUCCCGCAACUCAUUCGCUCACUCUCUGCAAGUUGCAAAUAUAAAGCUUCACAAUUCACAUGCCAUUUCAGGGAGAGAAGAAGGAAAGAGAAAGGUCGGUGGAAUAACUCAGAAUCAAAUAAUCACCCAGCUUUGUUGCCAAGUUAUGAUAAACGGUUUACACUUGCUAACUCUUUUGAUUGUGGAAGGAAGAGGUGGAACAAAUUAAGAAUGAAAGAGACCGAUAAGAGAAGAACUCUGAAUAACAAUCAGUCAAAGCGCUCUGGAAAAACUGAAAGGAGAGAUCGUAAACUGAAUCAAACAUCGAAUAUAAAGGGAGUUGAAUCUAAAGCCUUGCAUGCUAAACCAGACUCCAGUGUUUUAGUAAGUGAUUCGAACGCGGGCUCAGGACGCUCUGAAAUUUAUGAAAACUUGGUUAUACAUUAUGUGGAUGAUGUCAACAAGUCUGAGGAGGCUCCUCAAGAUUCAAAAGCCAAUGCCAUGAUUGCCAAAAUGAUCAAGGAUGAGGCUUUAGAUCAGCAUUCUGAUGACUUGGAUAGAGAAGCUAAGCAGGGGAAGGAAGAAGAUUCAGAUUCUGAGACAACUAAAGAUUCAGUAUCAUCUCAAGGGGAUUCAGUGACAGCUGAGGAUGAGAAAGUAGAAAACGUUUCAAGAGUUCCUAAAACAGUUUCCAAAAAGAAUUCAUCAGAAAGUGGUCAUCAUGGAUCAAGGGUGAAAUCUGACUGCGACACUAGUAAAUCAAGGUCUAAAGCAGUAAAUAACACUCCUAAAAAACCUGCUAAAGCAAAUGAAGGGUCGUCAAAAAUUACUUCCAAAAGUUCUUUUGAUAAAAAUUCUAAAGACAUGAGAGUUCCUCCUAAACCUUCAUCAGAAUCUUCUGAAGGAGUUGAUGACAAGCCUGCAGAAGAUGUAAAAGAAAUAGAUGUUUUAGAUGGGGCAUCAAAUGGUACUCAGAGUGUUGCAAGUGACAAUGAAACAGUUGAUGCUGAAGAAAAUGGUGAACAGGAGGAUGAAGCAGAGUUAAAUCAAAAGAUUGAAGGCAUGGAAAUGAGAAUUGGAAAACUUGAAGCAGAGCUCAGAGAAGUUGCUGCUCUUGAAAUUUCACUAUAUUCUGUAAUACCAGAACAUGGGAGCUCAGCACAUAAGGUGCACACACCUGCACGACGGCUUUCUAGACUCUACAUUCAUGCUUGCAAGCAUUGGACUCAGGAUAAGCGAGCUACGAUUGCCAGAAACACUGUUUCAGGACUUGUAUUGAUUUCAAAAUCCUGCGGUAAUGAUGUUCCAAGGCAAGUAAAAAUCACGUUAUCAUUUUGGUUGUCCAACACAAUUGUGCUGAGAGAGAUCGUUUCUCAGGCGUUUGGAAUUUCACGGCACUCAAGUCCCUUUGCAAGGCUUGCUGACUCCAAUGGGGGUAGCAAGAAAAGUGAAGGGAAGUCUGCAGCACUGAAAUGGAAGGUUGGUUCUGGUAGUAAGCAAGUUAACGGUUUUAUGCAGUUUGCUGAUGAUUGGCAGGAGACAGGAACCUUUACUGCUGCUUUAGAAAAAGUUGAAUCAUGGAUAUUUUCUCGUAUGGUCGAAUCUGUAUGGUGGCAGGCUUUAACUCCACAUAUGCAAUCUCCUACUGGGGAUUUGUCCUCCAAUAAAACCACUGGAAGGUUGCUUGGACCAGCCUUGGGUGACCAGCAGCAGGGUAGCUUUUCUAUCAACUUAUGGAAGGACGCUUUCCAGGAUGCUUUCCAACGACUUUGUCCUGUUAGAGCAGGAAGUCAUGAGUGUGGUUGCUUGCCCAUCAUUGCAAGAAUGGUUAUGGAACAAUGUGUUGCCAGACUAGAUGUGGCAAUGUUCAAUGCUAUUCUGCGCGAGUCUGCCCAUGAGAUUCCAACUGACCCUGUUUCGGAUCCUAUCCUAGAUUCCAAGGUUCUGCCAAUUCCAGCUGGAGAGUGGAGCUUCGGUUCUGGGGCACAACUCAAAAAUUCUGUUGGUAAUUGGUCUAGGUGGCUUACUGAUAUGUUUGGCAUAGCUGCAUAUGAUUCCCUGAAAGAAGAUCAGCCCGACGGUGGGGAUGAUGACAGGCAAGAUGGUGAAACUAAAUCCUUUGUUCUUCUUAAUGACUUGAGUGAUCUUCUGAUGCUUCCAAAAGACAUGCUUAUGGACCGCUCAAUCAGGAAGGAGGUAUGCCCAUCAAUUGGUCUUCCAUUAAUUAAGCGGAUACUCUGCAACUUUACUCCUGAUGAGUUCUGCCCAGAUCAUGUCCCUGGAGCUGUAUUAGAGGCAUUGCACGCUGAGAGUAUCGUGGAGCGGAGAUUGUCAGGAGAUGCUGCAAGAAACUUCCCCUAUACAGCUGCCCCAGUUGUGUACACACCACCGUCUUCAUCUGAUGUAGCAGAAAAAGUUGCGCAGGCAGGAACUAAGUCUCCGUUGUCAAGGAAUAUAUCUGCUGUUCAGAGGAAAGGAUAUACCAGUGACGAGGAACUGGAUGAAUUAGAUUCUCCUCUUACAUUGAUAAUUGGAAAAGUGCCAUCGUCUCCAGCUAUCAUGAGCAAUGGGAAUGGUAAGCACAAGGAACAUGCAGGGGUUUCAGUAGCAAAUGCAAGAUAUGAACUCCUUCGUGAGGUCUGGUCUGCAUGA